UGCAGACUGCCAAUAAACGCCAAACAAGAAGAAGAAGAGUUGUUAUGAAGCAGGGCCGGGUCAGCCGACGCUAACCCUCCAGCAGCUGCCGUCAGUGUCCAUGGUGUCCCGCAAACAGAAGCGUGUGUGGAGAUACGUGGAGGAGGGCAACCUGCUCAAGCUGAAGUCCUACCUGCGGAAGCACCGGGACCUGGACGUGAACUUCUCCCAGGGCAAGCGAGAGAGGAGCCCGCUGCAGCUGGCCUGCAGCCUGGGAGACGACGCCGUGCUGCGGCUGCUGCUCAGACACGGAGCCGCCGUCCUGCAGAAGGACCGCAAAGGAGACACGGCGCUACACACCGCACUCAACAGGGCUCUGAAACACGGGAAAACAGCGUACAAUGACCUGGUGGUGCCCCUGAAAAAGAGCUGCCCGGAGGCCAUGAGCGCUCCCAACUCUGCUGGAGUCACACCUGAAGACCUGCUGACCUGGAUGAAACAUAAAGAGACUGCAAAAAAUAUGAGCCGUCCAUCGGAUAAAGACCCUGAGAAGGAGUGGCUGGAGAAGCUGUUUGGUGAAUGCGAGGAUGAAUUCUCUGAAACCUUCGGAGUAUAUGAUGCUGAUGAUUUUCUUCCUCUCGAUGACGAUGAGGAAGACUAUGGUGACUGGGCUGACCGCAUUAGAAAAGAGUAUUUCGAUAAAAAGCACGCUGAAGCUCAGAGACUGGCAGCGUCGUCUUCUGGAUGGAAAAGAAAAAAGACCAAACAAGAGCGAGAGCAGGAAGAGCAAGACAACAAGAAGCUGCAUGAGAGGCUGCAGAGGGAGCAUGAAGAAUAUCUGGCACGAGCAGCGCGUAAAGAGGAAGAGACUCGGCUUGGUAAGAAGCGCAGGUACGAGGAGGGAUGUGCAGCCACUUUUCAUGCUGGCUCUUCAGCCGGCACAACAAAGCUGAGCUACAGCGACAUCCCCUGGCCAGCUCCACGAGGUACAGUGCAGGAGAUGGUGGAUGUGAUGCUGCACGGUGUAGACCGAAAGGACCUGCCGGUGUUUCGUAAAAUGCUCCGUAAGCAGCAAGCGCUGUGGCAUCCUGAUAAAUUUGCUCAACGAUGUGAAGCUCGGUUAGAAGAGAAGGAUAAGCAACGAAUCCUGGAUACAGUCACCAGGCUGUCACAGGAGCUCAACAAACUGGCCCAGAGUCUGAGGACUUAACGUUGUGCAAAUCAUAUCAAACAUUGUGUUUUUAAAAACUUUUUAAAAACAUUUCCCUGAAUGAACUGUGAGCUGAACACUGAACAUGUUACUGUUAAAUUCCUGAUUUAAUAACAAUAAAAGUCAGAACAUCCAGA